UGCAGUAUUAAUCUUCCUUGUUUCACCCUUGCUUUGAGAGGAGGAUAAGUAGGGUUUGGCGGUCUGUGAGUGAGGCUGCUGCUUUGGAUUAAAGAAGCACUUUGUAGGGUUGGGUUGCUGGAGACAUGCGUGACUAUAUCUGGCAAAGGAUGGAGAAUGACCAAGGAGAGCUUGCCGACGUAGUCCGCGCCGGUGGGUGGGUCGGAGCUUCGAGUACUGCCUUCCCGGCCAGCGACUGGCAGCUCCCUUCAGAGCCCGUGGUCUUCCCACCCGCAUCGAUCAAGGACUCGAGUAGCGACUUGGGCGAUCCUUUCAUGAAACUUUGCGACCCCCUCAUCGACGAAUUAUCCGGCAUCGAGUUCUUCAAGAGCAGAGAAACAAUGGCAGGGCAGGUCAAGAUGGUCAUGAAGGAGAGGGACUGCGGUGAUGGUGGUGGAUUCAUAUCUCAGAAGUUGCUAAUGGGUGGGGGGAUUAAGAAGCCUUUUGAUAUCACCUCGCCAGAAGGAGACAAGUCUUCUCCUCUCUCUCCGGUAAUGGCUGGGGAGAUGAUGAAGGUAAGUAGUGGUGCAGUAGGAUGCUUGGGAGACGAUGGUGGUGGAGGACAACAGAUCUCAUCGUCGCUCGAGCAAGGUGUCAAACGGAGGAAGAACGAAGCGAAGAAGGUAGUAUGUAUUCCAGCUCCUGCAGCAGCAUGUGGUAGGCCUGGUGGAGAGGCUGUGCCUUGUGAUCUAUGGGCUUGGAGAAAGUAUGGCCAAAAACCAAUCAAGGGAUCUCCUCAUCCUAGGGGCUAUUACAGAUGUAGCAGUUCCAAAGGAUGCUCGGCGAGGAAACAGGUAGAGCGUAGCCGAACCGAUCCCGACAUGUUGGUAAUCACAUACACAUAUGAACACAACCACCCAUGGCCUACGCAGCGUAAUGCGCUUGCUGGCUUCGCAAGAUCUCAGACAUCAAAGAACUGCUCUACUCGCAAUCUAAAGGAAGAGCCUAAGGAAACAACAAGAUGCAGUGCUGCUUCAGUGAAACAAGAGGUUAAAGAGGUAGUCGACAAGGCCAAUGAUCAAGCAUUCUAUAGAAGCCGCGAGCCCCUCAUCUCGGAACAAUACCACCCCGACAACUUCUUCACAGAUAUGUCGGUGUUGGAGGCCGACACAGUGAAUCUCAUCUUCUCAAAGGAGCUUACCGAAACAAAGCCAGAGGAGAAUGGAGACAAGGCCUUGGAUCCAUUCAACAUGUUCUAUUAGGCAUGCAGGAAGAUCGAUGAUACAUUGGCACAACAUAUACAUUAGCUAGUAGGCAAGCUAGAGAUCGUGCUUUUAGGUUACAUGUCGAAGUUUGAAUCAAGAUGGGGGUGGGGGAGGAGCGAAGGGUGUGCUCGUGAUAUGUUG